AUAGUAACAUCCCAUGAAUCCAUCAUUUUGACAGCUCAGCCUUGGAUUCUUCUUUUCUGAUUUUAUCGUACAAACACCAUCGCAAUCCCAUCUGCAUUAAAGCACUGGGAUGACAAGAAAUAUACUUCGUUACGCAAGUCCCAUGGCAACUAUGAGUGACCGUUGUUGACAUUUAUAUUUCCUAGCAUUACUCUUGUCCAUGUUUGUUAUCUUUGAAACUCCCUGCAUUCUUGCUCAAGGGGUUUGUUUUGAUUCCUGUGCCUGACGAAAUAUUGUUCACUUUUAAAUUGAAGCUCGUUGCCUGAAUAGGCAGAGUAGUUAUCCAGUCAUCGGUUUGAUCACCUGGUCCUCUGCCUACUACACCCACCAGUCUUUAACCUCCAACAUCUUCUUUCCACCACACUUUUCUCUUAUAUUAUCAUCUUUCACUGUUUCAUUCAAUGAUAAUGGCUCCGGAAUCGAAUCCCUCUCUUACGCCCUGCCCAAGACGGCCUCGUGCUGCGACAACUAUGCAUCCAACCACUCCAUUGGGCCAUUCUGUCAUCUCUCUCAGCCAAAGUCCAGUCGGUGAUCAUAGUGGCUUAGGGACAGCAUCAGGUCCGCUGCGUCACCCAAAGCCCUUCACACCAUCCGACCUUCACUCCAUGGUUGAGAAGGAACAGGAAGCAAUGGUGAACCGUCUAUCAAGAGAGCUUUCCCUUCUUCGCCAGCAAACAGCCUCUGUGGCAUCGACAACAUCAUCUACCUCGACAACAUUCAACGACUCGAUUGACACCCUUCAUUCGUCACCUUACCUUGGUGCACGACACCGGUCUUCGUCCAGUCUGAGUUCCUCUUACAUUCCAGCCGUCCAAGAAUCAAGAGCCGGAAACAUUGGCAUUAGCGCCGCACGCGAGAAUGGUCUGUCAUUUUCGCGACCAGGUCGGAGUCGACAGCAAUCGUUCAACUCUGUUCAAGCCUCUGGAUCGGCGUCACCGUCAUUGUCAUCAUCACUGCAGCAGGGCGACCAUUUCCCGCGCCGGGGGUCAGUCUCCCACCCUCAUGUUACUUCACCGACUGCCAUGUCCCGAUUAGAAGAGACUGUUCAGUAUAGUGGAGAGUUUGAAUCAGUUAAGCGUGAAAAUGAGGCAUUGCGUCAACGGGUGCGAGAUCUGGAGCUGGCUCUCAGAAAAUCUCAGGGAGGUGGACCGACGUCUCCAAAGACGGGUUGACAGAUGUCCCACUGCAGGCAGUGAUUGACGUAGUGUCAUCUUUUGCCUUCUGUUUAUUUUUAUCUCAUUAACUUAGCGGGGUUUGGGUUAUACA